AGAAUCCUUGCUAAAAUAGAUCUCUCGAAAGCCUUCCAUGCGGUUCCGUUGAGGAACCACCAACGGCCAUACUAUAGCUUCCUGGACCCGGCGGGUAACAGCUAUUGUUACGCGAGAAUGCCGAUGGGUGCGAAAACGGCGCCUAAACACUUUGCGCAAGUAAUGAAUCUCGUCUUAAGUCAGCUCGAAACGAACGACCAAAUAAACGUUAGAUCAUAUCAAGAUGACAUCGUUGUGGCGGCGAAUUCAAGAGCUGAGUUAAUCCAGAGGUACGAUAGAAUAUGCGAUCAUCUCAAAGCCAGCGGGUUUAAGAUAAACCCCAAUAAGUCAUCAAAAGCGGAGAACCUAGAUAUUCUAGGUUACCGAUUUGAGCAAGGCAAAGUUACGAUACCAAGAGAGAAAGAGGCAGCUAUUCGUUCGGCCCUGCUGGGUAAAGACAUAAAACAAGUUAUCCGUGCGACCCAUCAGUUGGGUUACUACAAGGUUAUUCUUUCACCCUCGCAAC